GCGUCGUUUUCCCCGCAGCGGGGUCAGAGAGACUCGGCGGACAAGAAACCACCCCACCCACCUUCCGCCGCCGCAAUACUCUACUGCAUUGCAUUGCCUCCGGCUUGAGCAAUUGACUUGACCUCACUUCCCCGUGGGCUUUUCCUCCGAUUAUAGAAGUAAUCUAUCCGCUGCGGGGUGCGGUGUGAUUGCCCCCUUCUCCCUCGCUUCAUCCAGUGCGCUGCCCACCUCACUCCCGUCGUCCUCUUCCUCCUCCCGGACCUCGUCGCGGAGCGGAGCGGAGCGGAGGCGCGCGUUCCUGGACGCCACGGGAGUACGGGACAAGAGCGGAGGUGAGUGAGCCCGAGCCCGAGCCCCACGUGGAUUGCUGAUUCGGUGGUCGGAUCUUGUGGAGUAGCCCCCUGGUUUUUCUUGUUACGAGGUCCCGAUAUCUCACGCCAGCAGUUUGUUUGUCCUCAUCCAAUCCACCCAACCUCCCUGGCCUGAUCCCCUCCCCAGUGCCCACUUCUCUCAUCCCCUCCGGCAUCAUCUCUUCUUCUUUCCUCUUGGCUACUAGGACGCCGAAUUCUCGGUUGGCUUAGGCGGUUUGUGGAUCAAAUCGAGUCUGGUGAAGUGGAAGCUCAUCUGGGUAUUGGAGUCAUCCAAAGGUACAAGCUGAGGAAUGGGGCAAAAGGACUCCAAGCCUUCAUAUGGAUAUGGAUACUCUUAUGAUUACGGCAGUACUUCGUCAGGAUAUAACUCGAGAAAUACUGGAAAUACGUCCUCCGGUUAUAGCGCGAGGUAUGCGCCUUCUUCAGAGAACAAUGUACAGCCAGAAACAACCGCAAGGUUGCAGAGGAAGUAUUCCAGGAUUGGGGAUGACUAUCGUUCUUUGAGUCAGGUGACUGAAGCUUUGGCACAAGCAGGUCUUGAAUCUUCAAAUCUUAUCGUAGGCAUUGAUUUUACAAAGAGCAAUGAAUGGACAGGUAAAAUUUCCUUCAAUCGUCGCUGCCUGCAUGAUAUUGGAAACACUCCAAACCCAUAUGAGCAAGCUAUAUCUAUUAUUGGAAGGACACUUUCAGCAUUUGAUGAAGAUAAUUUGAUUCCCUGCUUUGGAUUUGGCGACGCAUCAACUCAUGAUCAGGAGGUAUUCAGCUUUUACCCAGAGAACCGCCCAUGCAACGGAUUUGAAGAGGCGCUAGACAGAUACAGAGAAAUUGUUCCAACUCUUCGAUUAGCAGGUCCUACAUCUUUCGCUCCAAUAAUUGAGACAGCAGUUGGAAUUGUUGACAGCACUGGUGGUCAAUAUCAUGUUCUUCUGAUAAUUGCAGAUGGACAGGUCACCCGAAGCGUCGAUACACAAUCUGGACAAUUAAGUCCACAGGAGCGGGCUACUAUUGAUGCAAUAGUAAGAGCGAGCCAGUUCCCCUUGUCAAUUGUUCUUGUUGGGGUUGGUGAUGGACCAUGGGACAUGAUGCACCAGUUUGAUGACAAUAUACCUGCUCGGUCAUUUGACAAUUUCCAGUUUGUGAAUUUCACGGAGAUUAUGUCAAAGAGUGUAGCAGCUGACAGAAAGGAGGCAGAAUUUGCAUUGUCAGCACUGAUGGAAAUCCCUACACAGUACAAAGCAACACUUGAUCUCCAACUCUUAGGCCGCCGCCAAAGAAUAACUCCAAGAAUUGCUCUGCCACCACCAAUAAGGAAUGCUUAUUCACGGUCUACUAGCUUUAGCCAACAGUCUGGUGUUUAUUCACGAUCAAGUAGCUUUGACCAACAGACAAGUGGUUUUCAACAACGUUCGGAGAGCUUGAAACAGCAGCAGCCUGCAGCCCCAAAGAGACCUGACACUGACACUUAUGCAUCAGAAAGAGCUUUAGAGGACAGAAUUCUGUGCCCCAUCUGCAUGUAUAAAUCGAAGGACCUUGCAUUUGGAUGUGGACAUCAGACUUGCUAUGAAUGCGGGAAGAAUUUGGAGCGCUGCCCUCUAUGCCAGCAGCACAUAACCACAAGGAUCAGGCUCUACUGAUUUGAAACCUAUGGAUUGGAAAAUGUUGGAACAGACUCCCUUGCAAAAUGUUCAGAACCAGCUUUGUUGCUAUUGUGCUUCAUUUUGUAAUUGGUAUGUUAGUCUUACUGCACUGGCAUAUAAGAACGCCAAUUAGUUAUAGUGCUGGUGUCACUGUCUCAGUAGUUAUGCCAAAAGAAAGCGCACCAGAAAAUAAUGUACAUAUUUCCCCUCCUUUUCCUUUGUGUCUUUUGUUGUUAAGUAAAUAAGUUUAACAGCAGGAAAGUUCUGGAUGAGAUGAUGAAUAUUGUGAAGCAAAAAUAUUGCCCAUUUCUGAGCUCUGGAA